CUCUCUCUCUCUCUCUCUCUCCCCCCACCGCCUCCGUUGCUUUCUCCGACGACCACCGCCACCGCCGCCGCUGACCAUUCGCCGGAUCCCGACCCCUCUGUAGCUGCUGCUGGAUCUCUCUUUCUCUGUGGCUGGUUCUGGAUCGAUCGCUGUGAUGGAGACCUCGCCACCGGCGGUGGCGGCCGUGGGGACGGUGCUGGAGGACCUGCCGGAGGACGCGCUGCUGGCGAUCCUCGCGCUCCUGGCCCCGCCGGACGCCGCGGCGGCGGCCUGCGCCUGCCGCCGGCUCGCGGCGGCCGCGUCGUCCCCGUCGCUACCACUCGCGCUCGCGCUCCGCCUCGGGCUCCCGCCGCCGCGGCCGGUCCUCCCCGGCGGCCCCGACCCCGACCCCGCCGCGGCCGCGCGUCUCCUCCGCUCCCUCCACCGCCUCCGUCGGCUCCUCGGCCUCUGGCGCCGCCUCCCCUCCUCCGGCUCCCGGUACGGCUCGCCCCCCUCGUCCCUCGCGGCCUUCGAGUGGGCACCGCGCGGAACCCUCGCGGCGUCCCUCCUCGCGCCCUCCGCGCACGGCCUCGCCGUCGCCAAGUCCCCCUUCGUAACCCUCUCCAUCGACGAAUCCGGUGAGACGGUCGCCGCCAUGGGGGACGUCCCGGUCUGCGUCAAUUUCGUCGGGAACAACCACAUUGUGGUGGAGGCCUCAGCGUCAUCUGGGGAUGACGAGGAUGAGGCGAUUGAGGGAGGCUCGCCACCGGAGGUGAUGUACAUGCAUUUCGCUAACCGGAGGAGCCCUGGAGCAGGGAGGAAGAGGAGGAGUAAGCAGGGGAGGAGAAGAGGCCGUGUAAUGGAGGCCGAGCACUUCGUGAGGAUCGCAGAUGCCGAGCCGACGGAGGCACGGCCUCUCCAAGGGCUGUGGAAGGGUAUAAGUGGGAGUCAGACUCUUGAAUUUUACCUGGUCACCUAUGAUGACAUUGGAGGAAUCACUUGUCGACAAGUUGCUGAUACAAGAGGACAAAAUUCAGGGUACACCCCUAUCUUUUGGACUACAAAUACAACAUUUCUUGAAGAACCAUUCUCUGAAAAGGAGCUAAAUCAUUAUACUGGCCGUGAGCAUAUUCAAGUUUUGGGACCUGGCCAUGCUGGAACAGAGAACAGGAUUGUCUCUCGGAUAUUGUGCAUCAAUUCCAGUUAUGAUGUUGUUGAUCCUCAUCUCUCAGCUCACUUGGAUGAUAGGAGGAAUGUGGAAGGAAGGAUUUGGCUAUAUGAGGAUGGAACCUUUGGGUUUGGAUUCAAUGGGAGUAAUUCAAUUAUAGAUCUGAAGCAUGUCUCCUCUGAUGGUUGUAUUCUUGAUGAUUUACACUAAAUUUGGGUCUUCCUGGUUUGAAAUUGCUGCUAGGAACCCCUUGUACAGUGUUGCUAGGAAAAAAAUUGAUGAGUGAGGCAUGUUGCCUCCGGUUGUUGUAUUCUUUCUGACAGCAGACUAAAUAUCGGUCAUUUCUGGCAUGUAAUUGUUGCUGGAAUGCCCUUAACGAUAUUGUGGUCCCUUCUGGCAAGUAAUUGUUGCUAGAAUACCUGUUUGUACAUUUUUUUCAACAUUGAAUCCCCAAUAAAUUAGAGUAACUUCUUGUGG